UUUGAUUGGUAAAUUUGUAAAAUAUUUAGAAUAUUUAUAUUUAACAGAGCGGUUAAAUAUAAUAUAUCUAUAGCCAUGUCUUUUUCUUCUUUGCAAGCUACAGGUAUGGAACAAUAGGCUUUACACUAUAAGGGUAUGGUUGUUGGAGGAGAUGGAAAUAUGAUGGGACUUGAAUUUUGGAAACAAUAUUAAAUGCGUUAAAUAGUUACAUAGGUGUUAAAAUUCUGAGCUAGAAUUUUAAUUAGUAUUAAUAUUUAAAUUUUUUAAUAUCACAAUAUUAACUUUUAUUGUCGGAAAAGAAUGAAUCAAAAUUUAUUUAAUUUUUAAUAAUAUAAAAAAAUAAAAUAUUAUAUUAAUUAUCGACAUCAUAUUUAGUUUGUAUAAUUAUUUUUUAAAUAAAAUAUGGAUAUCUCGUGAUAUUAAAAACCUCCAAAUGAUGUAAAUGUAUGUAACAUAAAGUCGGAUUUAAAAUAGUAGCAACAUUUUACCAGAAAUAGCUUAAGAAAUUGGAGAAUAAAAUAAAAAAAGAAAAGAAGACGAAGGAAAUAGAAAAAGGUUGUUGCAAAAUACUUUGCUCCACGCGUUAAGAAGGCCGACUUCCAAACAUUUGCACCGCAGAUAAUAGUAAUUUGCAAUAUUUAAAAGGAGAACAUUAACACAUGCACAAAUCAUACAACUUUACAAUUUCAGCGUCUGCAUGUACAAAAUUAACUAUAAUAGAGCAAGACAUGGCUGCGACAGAAUUAGCUGAAAUUAAUUUUCCGACAUUCUCGAAGAGGAGAAAUACUGAUAGAAAAAGGCGUUGUAAAGGCCAACUAAACUAUCCGUUAGAUGAUUAACUUUUAAAGUUCAAUUUCUUAGUGCCUUCAAGACUUAAAAGCAUGGAUUUAAAAUGAUUGUAAAAAGAAAAAGAGAAAUAACCUUUCAUAUAUAUAAGGUUAAACAACCACUGAUCGACUGAUAACAUUUUGUAGAUUACCGCGUAAAACGAGAGAUGGCCUUCCUAUUUUUAUCCAACAGGAAAUUCAAGAGGAAAACAAAUUUAAAAAAAAUUGGACAAGAUUACCAAUUAACCAAGGCCCAACCGAGAGAAGAGAGUGAAGAGAGACGCAAACUCAUUAAACGCGCGGGAAAAUCGUGGAGGCCGAAACGGAAACGUAAAUAUAGAGUUUUGAACAGAGAAAAUGAGCAUAAGAGGAAGAGAGGAAACGAUGAGCAUGGGGUCAGGAGACGAGAUAAUAAUAGACAGUGAGCAGGAAGAGAAAAUCUUUGUGUCGGUGAGAAUGAGGCCUUUGAAUGAGAGAGAAGUCGCCAGAAAUGAUAUUUGCGAUUGGGAAUGUAUUAACAAUAACACCAUAAUUUUCAAGAGCAACAUGCCUGAUCGCUCUAUGGUUCCUACUGCUUAUACAUUUGACAGAGUAUUUGGGAGUGAAUGUUCCACAAAGCAGGUAUACGAGGAAGGUGCCAAAGAAAUUGCUCUUGCAGCAGUUAGUGGCAUUAACUCUAGUAUUUUUGCAUACGGGCAAACGAGCAGUGGAAAGACAUAUACGAUGGAUGGAGUUACUGAAUAUGCAGUCGCAGAUAUUUACGAGUAUAUGAACAAGCAUAAAGAAAGAGAAUUCGUGUUGAAAUUCUCUGCCAUGGAGAUUUAUAAUGAAGCAGUCAGGGACCUCCUCAGCUCAGAUAGUACUCCACUAAGAGUCCUAGAUGAUCCAGAGAAAGGGACUGUUGUCGAGAGGCUUAUAGAGGAGACACUAAUAGAUUGGAACCACCUACAGGAGCUUCUGAUUAUAUGUGAAGCUCAAAGGCAAAUAGGAGAGACUUCUAUGAAUGAGAACAGCUCCAGAUCUCACCAAGUCAUAAGACUCACAAUCGAAAGCUCUGCUCGUGAAUAUUCAGGUGUUGGAAAUUCAAGCAUUCUCAUAUCCACAGUGCAUUUUGUCGAUCUUGCGGGAAGUGAGCGUGCUUCUCAGACAUUAGCAGGUGGUGCCAGAUUAAAAGAAGGUUCCCACAUAAAUCGCAGCUUACUGACCCUGGGAACGGUAAUUCGCAAAUUAAGCAAGGGAAAAAAUGGACACAUACCUUAUAGAGACUCUAAGCUAACACGCAUACUGCAGAACUCCUUAGGAGGCAAUGCCAGAACUGCCAUGAUAUGCACUAUAAGCCCUUCAAGAAGUCAUGUGGAGCAAUCAAGAAACACCCUCUUGUUUGCAAGUUGUGCUAAUGAGGUGGCUACUAAUGCACAGGUCAAUGUAGUGAUGUCAGAUAAAGCAUUGGUAAAGCAAUUGCGAAAAGAGCUAGCUAAGCUAGAGAGUCGAUUAAAGAGCAUGGAAUCAAUUUCUGUAACAGGUGAUACUGCUGCAUUACUGAGAGAGAAAGAACUUCUGAUAGAAAAGAUGGAUAAAGAGAUUAAAGAAUUGACGUGGCAGCGGGAUCUUGCUCAAUCUCGUGUUGACAGUUUGCUGAGAGAAGUUGGGGACAAUCGACUUUCAAGAGUAGGUGAAAAUUCAGCAUCAGAGUCAUCAGAAGGCAUCACUCCUCUUGGUUUGGAUGCAGGUUUUGCAAGAACUAACACAGUCAAGGAUUUUGAUGACCCCAGUGUGCUUACUCCUACCAGGCAAAUCCAACAGAUUCCGGAUCCUGAAGACGGCUUUCUACUAAAUAACAGUACUCCCAAGUUUUCUGAGCCGGAUCCAUUCCGAUUUUGGGAAAGUACUUCUCAAGAAAAUAAUGAAGAUAUCUGCAAAGAAGUUCGGUGCAUUGAAACAGACGAAGCCAGUGUGAUCAGUAAAGCAGAAGAUGGCGUAUUAUUAUCUAGUUCUGACAGACAAGAAAAAGAAGUGGCGACGGCGGAAGAGACAGAUGAAGGUGCAUUACCAUCAAUGGCAAUGCAGGAAGAGGAUAAAGAGUCGAGUCAUAACGACUCAUAUAACUCUUAUCAUGCUCUGAAGCAAAAGAUUCAGGACUUGCAUGAGACUAUCAGCCUUUUACAACAAUUUCCUCCUAAUGAAGCAGGUGCUUCAAGCUCUAAAGCUUUGACAUGGUCUAGAAGCAAAAGUCGGAGAUCGGUUGUUAUGACUAUUCCAUCUGCCCUUUGGUAUGAAAAGGAAGAAGAGAAUGAGAACAUACUGCCUGCAUCAUUUGAAGAGGACAAUCUCGAAAGACGAGGAGGCACUGAGCAAAAGCUUGCUGAAUUAGAGCCUGAUGAUAAGACCGGAAAAAUAUCUGGGAAGUAUUCUCGAAAUUCCACAAGCAGCGCUUGCAUAGAAGAAGAGACAAUCAAAGAGAUAAAUAUAGAUGUAGAUGAUACUACGACUGUCCUUGAUUUUGUUGCAGGGGUGAAUACAAUUGCUAAACCUCAGUCGGAGGAGCAAAUUGGUGAUGUUCUGGUUCCAGAAGCAUCAACUAGGACCGCCGACUUAUGGAGAGACGCAGGGAGAGGCAAUAGUGCUAGGCAGAACCGUGCUAAUUCCAUACUAAAAUUUGAAAGAUACCGGAGAAAGAUAAUUGAACUAUGGGCUAGAUGCAAUGUUCCAUUGGUCCACAGAAGCUAUUUCUUCUUGAUCUUCAAGGGCGAUCCUUCAGACAAUGUGUAUUUGGAGGUAGAGCUCAGAAGAUUGUACUUUCUAAAGGACACAUCUGCGCGUGGAACUAACACACUGAUAGAUACUCAGAUUGUCUCACUAAACUCGAGUUUGAAGUCUCUGAAUCGCGAGAGAGAACAUUUGGCGAGGCAAUUACAGAAGAAGUUUACAAAAAGGGAAAGAGUGGAACUUUACGUAAGAUGGGGUAUUGACUUGGACACAAAGCAGAGGAGCCUACAAUUGAUACGCCGUUUAUGGACAGACACGAAAGACUUGAAACAUAUGAGGGAAAGCUCCGUGCUUGUUGCCAAGUUGAUUGGGUUUGUAGAGCCACGGUAUGCACCCAAAGAGAUGUUUGGACUCAGUUUCUUAACCCCACUGUCCACUCAGAAAUCUUCCAGCUGGAGAGACAACAUGUCUUCACUUUCACUAUUAUAAACUUCUUGUACGUAGAAAUGUUUCUUUCUUCACAAUUCACAUAUCUGAUACAGAGUCGAAUGGCUCUUUGUUGCACAGUUUUUACUUUGCACAAUUGAAUACUUGAGUUUGCCUUCAUUGUAAAUUGAACACAGGGACUGUAGAUGCAGAUUUUUUAUUCAUUGAUUCUGCUGCUUGAGGCAUAAUUGUACAUCCUUUUCUCUGUAUACAUUUAUGUCAAACCUGCACAAGAAUAUAAAUGGAAGCUGAGGGAACCAAGUAAAUUAUAGGCAA